AUGGAUUUUGUUGAAGAAGAGCCUAUAGAACAGGAUGCGGACAAUGAAGAGCUUCCAGGUAAGGUUUUUGCCUAAAAUAAUAUAAUUUUCCCAAUUUAGAGAACAUGGAAGAGGUCCCGGAUGAGUCGUGGGUAACGUUGAAUGGGCACUCCAAAGACGUCUUUGCUCUGGCCGUUUCAACUGAUGGGAAGAGGCUUUUAAGCGGUGGAGAAGACGAUUUAGCGGUUUUUUGGAAUCUCGAGGAGAUUGGACAGAAUGGUAAGGCAAAUGUCUCAAAAUUAUUGCUUUCCUGAGUUUAGACAAUCUUCCUCACAUCAAGAUCAAUGAACACAGCGACUCUGUAGUAAGUGUCGCUUUUAAUGGAACGAAUACUCUGUUCUCAACCGCCGAUAUGUCGGGAAAGAUACAAAUUUUUGAUGCUCAAACUGGAGAAAAGAUGUAUGACGUGCGUUUCUUUGAUUGUUUCUUAUCUAUUUUUAGGUAGAUUAUUGCGACGAUCUUGAAUGGACGCUAUGGCACCCUCAAGCCGACAUUUUGCUUGCGGGGACUUCGUCAGGACAGAUUUAUGUGUUCUUGUUGAGCAAAAAGCAGGUGGAGAAGGUGAAGGUAAAAUUUUUAAAAAUUUUUGGAUAAAUCAGCUCUCCAAUUGCUCUAAUAAUUAUUCUCUAUGCCUUUUAGACCAUUAUUACCGAGACAAAUGCCCCAUGCUCGGCAGCGCGACUUCUCCCAGGAGCUCAGAAUCUCCUGGCCAUCUAUGGAGAUGGCAGUGUAAGGUUAUGGGCCCUAAAAGACUCUUCUUAUUCUACAUUAAGUCUCAAAGGAGCAGCGACGGCAGUUGAUGUCCAUCCGGAGCUUCCAUUGGCCGCAGUUGGAACUGAACAUGGAGUUACACAUCUAAUCAACACCACAAAUAUGAAGUCGGUAUCAAGAUUUGGUGUAGUUGAGGUAAAUUUACAUCAUUUUUAGAUCUUUUAGAGUGUAUUGAUACUUUUGACGUAAUAAUCUGGAUGUGUUGUUUAGAACGCCGAGGAAGAAAACAGCGUUGAAACCAUCAAGUUUGCUCCAGGUUAUCCAUGGCUGGCUAUUGGAACAAAUAACGGGAUGCUGGUGGUAUACGACUACGAAACCGGUCAGGCUCGACAUGAAUGCGCUCAUGAUGACAUGACGGUCGUGAAAUGCGCAUGGUGGAGGCCAGACGCCGAUAAAAUUAGAAUCCUUUCGGCUUGUAUUGAUGGCGCCAUAAGGUGUUGGGAUGGAAAAAGUGGAGAGCCUUUACUUGUAAGUUGUUUAUUUCUUUGUUCUUUUCGAUUUUUAGGAAUCACAGAAGAUAAAGAAGAUAACUUGACUAAUUUUUAGUUCAAAUGUGGCGCGGCCGCCGAGUUAUUCGACUUCACAAUAGCUACGGUGAACAAUAUUCCAUUAAUCUUCACUGCUUGUGCCGGAGGACUUAUUCGGGUCUUCAAAUACGAGGAGAGCCAAAUCCAAGUUGAAGAGGAUCAUGUUGAAGAAAAUGAUGUUCAACAACUUGAGGAGUUGUAA